AUGUCUCUUGCCUUUACACGAUUCAAACUACGAUGCACGACGUACACUGUGAAUGUAAUACGUCGAUUCUGCGAUAAUUGCAACGUUGCCGUGGCGUGUGUGUCUGGGCCGCUGCGGCGAGUGGGCCACCGCAUUGGGCAGGAGUCGCCGUGGGUGGUGGUCCUCUUCGCCUCCAUGGGCGUGUCGGUGCUGCCGCUGCUGCUGUACCCGACGCUGCGGCCCCUCCUCGUCGCCGAAACCCGCCGCGAGCGCGAGGAGGAGCGGGUGCGGCUCUGCCUGCAGAAGGGCAUCGACCCCUACCCGUACAUGCGGCACAAGGACUACGUCUACGGCAACACCGCGCCGGCCACGCAGUCGGAGGAGGAGGCCCCACUCACCGCCGCCUGGGAGCACCAGGCAAUGCUGGAUUUCCAGCGUGCGAAGGAGAAGCUCCGGCAGGAAGUGGGCGGUAAUGUAGAGGACUCCGUGGCGAAGAUGAUGGCACUCCGAGAGGAGAUGCGUAAAGAGUUUGGGCGUAAUCAACACGCCGUAUCGAAGGAGCCGAAGAAUCUCAUUUUUAGAGGAAGGGACGACGUAGACAAGAUGCAAUCAUAG